AUAUAGGCCUUAAGAGGGUUUACAGAAUCUCAAUGGGGCUUUUUUUGGGUGUGUUUUUGUUUCGUUUUGGGGGGUUUUGGUUGGUUGAUUGGCUUUUUUCAGUUUGUGGUUUUGUUUGUUGUUUUUUGCUUUAUCUUCUUGACUGCUUGGCAAUAUAUAACUUAGUAUUAAAAAUAAAAGGAUAGUUGACUGCCUUAAUGCCAAUAUGAAGGAAUAUGUUUACCAGCAUUUGAGUUAGGGAUUUAAAUCACUGCUGUUCAGAUUUUGAAAUGGCCAUCAGGAUGUUGUGCAUCCGGCUCACCAGGACCUCCGACAAGCUGGCCAAAAAUGCUUGCUGGUCUGCUAGCAAACUUAGAAUAGCUGCUUACUCCGAGUCUCUGUCUUAAAGAACCAUGAACUGUGAUAGCAGUUUUGAUAAAACAGUACAAUAUUACAAAUGUCUGUGUCUUGCAUUCUUGCCUAACAAAUUAGUUUAUUGUAACUGGACUCAUCAAACUGGACUGAGGCUGCAGCAGAUGAAGAUUUCCUUGAGUGAAAUAAUCCAAACCAAGGGGGCAAAUUUGCCUGCCUUACCUCCCUCACCCUGCCACAAAAAACAAGGAAUAGAGAAAAAUAAAACUGCUUCUAUUGUAUUUUUCAAUUACCCAUAGUAACUUGGAAAAUCUUUACCUUGGAUUAUUAUUUUAAGAUUGUAUCCAAAUAUUUAAUUCUUAACAGCUAAACAGAAGGUUAUUUAUGAGUGACUUGUGACUGUGUCCAACACGUGAUGCCUUAAAUCUGGAUUACAGCAAACCACUGAAAAGGAAUGCUCUUCUAAAGAGCUGGCUUGUGGUUUGGAUUUUUUGACAGAGUGAAAGCUAAAAGAGUUUUAGUAUCAUUUAAAUCCACAAAAAUAUUUUUGUCAUUCUUUUAUAUUGGCUGGGGGAGGAAUAAAAGAAGAAUUUUGGGACUUCAGUCCUGCAGUACUCCAAACGAGGAUUCCAAAGCUGUUAUGCACUGAACUUGCUCUUGUAAAUAGCUCUCCUUUAGGAACUAUUUGUUCUUUACAUGAGUCACAGUUACAACUUUUUCACUAGGUAGUUAAUGGCUCCUUUACAUAACAUCUUUCCUAUAUUCAAAAGGUACUGUUAAACAAAAUUGGUUUAUUUUUAACCUUGCAAGUGCUUCACAGUAUUUCCCAUUCAGGGAAAAAGUGGAAUUUUCUGAAAAGUGGACUUUAGAGCACUUACAGUAAGGCAGUUUUGGGCAGUUACUGGCAUUCUUCAGUACACACUGCUUUUUGUUUGUUCUCUUGCUAAUAAAUAACUAAAGGACCAAAUAAAUAAACUACAAAUUCAGUCACAAUAAUUCCAGCCUGCUCACCUACAAAAUGAGAACCAUGCAUGUUAUUCUGCAGCUUAUAGCCAUACUAUGCAAUGUGGAGACAGUUGCCUCAGUUUGGCAGGAAAGCAGAAGCUCUUCAGAAAAAGCCUUCCACAGGGGAACAAGGGAAUUGAAUGCUCCAUCUCCAAUAGACUGCAAACUGAGCAGCUGGAGCGCGUGGGGGCCCUGCGACCCGUGCACCAAUCAAAGGUUUCGCUCCAGACGUAUUGAAAGAUUCGGGCAGUUUGGUGGAAAAGCAUGCCUGGAGGCCCUAGGAGACACACAAACCUGCAAAACCAGCAAAGCCUGUCCUGAAGACCCAGAGCCAAACUGUGGUGCUGACUUUCAGUGCAGUUCAGGCCGAUGUAUAAAGCGAAGACUUGUGUGCAAUCUGGAUAACGACUGUGGAGACUUUUCUGAUGAAGAUGACUGUGAGUCUGACCCACGGUCACCAUGCCGCAACCACGACAUCGAUGUGUCUGAAGUUGGCAGGACUGCAGGACAAGGAAUCAAUGUUUUAGGGAUGCAGCCAAUGGCCAGCCCAUUUGACAAUGACUUUUUCAAUGGUCUUUGUGAGCGGGUGCGUGAUGGGAACACACGGACGUACUACCGCAAGCCGUGGAACGUGGCUGCCCUCACUUACGAUACAAAAGCAGACAAAACUUUCUCAUCUGUGUACUACCAUGAUCGUGUGAAAAUGUUACAAGAGGUUUACAUAGAAAAACAGAAAUAUUUCAGUGUUGACGCCUCUCUGAAGUACACACCUACAGAUGGGAGCAACAAAAAUGAUUCAGAAGGAAAUUUCAAAUAUGACUACAGAAAGAAUUAUACUUUUAAUUCCAUCCUGCAAAGCUACACAGAAAGGAACCAAACCUUUCUGCAUGUAAAAGGACAGAUUCAGCUGGGAAGGUUCCAAAUUCGGAGUCGUGAUGUUCGUCUCACAGACAGUUUCCUUGAUGAUUUAAAAUUUCUGCCUGCUGAAUAUGACAAGGGGGAGUAUUUCAAAUUCCUAGAAGACUAUGGAACUCACUAUGCACUCUCUGGAACUGUAGGAGGAAAAUACGAACUUGUUUACGUGCUGGAUAAUUAUGCUAUGUCUCGACUAGGAAUCACUGUAGAAGAUGUAAAAAAAUGCCUUGGCUAUCACUUAGAUGCCAAUAUUGCAUAUGAAAACAUACAAGCCAAUAUUAAUGUUGAUGGUGGUAAAUGUGAACAUAUUCAUAGGAAGGACAAAUCAGAAAUGAACGAUAAUGCUGUCAUUGACGAUGUCCUUUCCUUAGUUGAAGGAGGGAAGAUUGACUUUUCAGUUAAAAUCAAAGAAAUGUUACUACGAGGAGCCAAAGCAGUUGAUGUAGAGGAUUACAUGGAGUGGGCUAAAUCUUUGGUUGAUGCUCCAGUAGUGAUACAGCAACGGCCUUCUCCAAUAUAUACACUUGUUCCAGUUAAGAUGAGAGAUGCAUAUUUAAAGAAACAAAAUCUGGAAAGGGCAAUUGAAGACUACAUUACUGAAUACAGUGUGUGCAAAUGUAAACCCUGUAAAAAUGGAGGCACCCUUGUGCUGGUAGAUGGAGUCUGUACAUGCCUGUGCUCAAGUUAUUUUAAGGGAAUUGCUUGUCAGAUUCCCAAAUCUACAUUAGUGAAAGUUGUGACUGAUGGAGGCUGGAGCUGUUGGAGCGCCUGGUCCACCUGCAUCAACGGAGAGAGCACUCGAACCCGCCAGUGUAACAAUCCUGCAACAGGACCUGAUGGCAGGCCAUGCCAGGGAGAAAGCAUUGAAAAACGGCCCUGUGAAGAAGGGCAAUAGUUAUGCUCCUCAAAACCAGAAAACAUUAAUGGAUUCUAAACCAGUUCUACAAAUCACAGUUUCUGCUGGCCAGCUAGCUACACCAGGACACUGUAAUGGCGUGAUUUAAAAGUAUCUGCAGCUUAAAUGAUC